AUGUGGGCAUCCGUGCAGAGUCGUGGCAGGGGGGCAGGCAGGCGUUUCCCGAUCUUCUCGAUGCGGUGGGGCGCCAACUCCGAUCACGGCAUCGCGGCCGCCGCGAGGCAUGGGGAGAAGAGCUCCACCUCGAUUCUCUGCAAGACCUUGGCAGCCGCGGCGCGCCGCCCGGCGCCGCCCAGCGGCCUGGCGCCGCCCGCGCCCGCCGACGACGCCUCGUCGACAAGCUCGGGGCCGCCGCCGGUGGAGGAGCACGCCUCGCCUGUGGCGGCGGCCCCCUCGACGCUUGCGCAGCUAGCAGCGGAACCGUCGCCGCCGUCGGAGCACGCCUCGCCCGUGGUGGCGGAUCCCUCGCCGCCGAUGGAGCACGCCCCACCCGCGGUAGCGGGCCUCUGGCCUCCGGCAGUGGAGCUGUCGCCGCCGAUGGAGCACGCUGGGCCCGUGGUGGCGGACUCCUCGCCGACGUUGGGACACGCUACGCCUGCGGUGGCGGACCCGUCGGCGCCGAUGGAGCUCGCCUCGCACGCAGCAGCCGUCCCCUCGCCGCCGACGGAAGAAGGCCCCUCGCCUGCGGCAGCGGGCCCGUCGCCGCCGAUGGAGGAAGGCCUCUCGCCGCCGACGGAAGAAGCCCUCUCGCACGCAGCAGCCGUCCCCUCGCCGCCGACGGCAGAAGGCCUCUCGCCUGCGGCAGCGGGCCCGUCGCCGCCGAUGGAGGAAGGCCUCUCGCCUGCGGCAGCGGACCUGUCGCCGCUGAUUGAGCGCGCCUCGCCCGUGGUGGCGGACCCCUCGCAGCUGGAUCAGCACUCCGCGCCCGUGGCAGCGGGCCCGCCGCCAUCGUUGGAGAACGCCCCCUUGCCCGUGGUGGAGGACCCGUCGCCGCCAGUGGAGCACGCCGCGCACGCGGGGGCGGAGCCCCGACCGGCGGAGGAGCAGCGGCCCGUGCCUGCCAGCCUCUCCCUGGACGAGCUGGCGGCGGGCCGGCCCGGCAGCGGCGGGCAGAACGGCCCUCGCC